AGGGUGGGCGUCCGCAGCCGUCAUGGCAGCUGAGGAGAAGGACCCGCUGAGCUAUUUCGCGGCUUACGGGAGCAGUAGCUCCGACUCGUCGGGCGAGGAGAACAGCGAGCCGGAAGACGGGGGUCGCAAGGAGGCGGCCCCGGCCCCGACGACAGGCGUCCGCGGGAAGCAGGCGGAGAAGCGGCUGCCGGGCCCCGACGAGCUGUUCCGCAGCGUGACCCGCCCGGCCUUCCUCUACAACCCGCUCAACAAGCAGAUCGACUGGGAGCGACACGUGGUGAAGGCGCCCGAGGAGCCUCCAAAGGAAUUCAAAGUCUGGAAGUCCACCUAUGUGCCGCCCCCGGAGACCUACAGUACUGAGAAGAAGCCACCGCCGCCGGAGCUGGACAUGGCGAUAAAGUGGUCGAACAUCUAUGAGGACAAUGGUGAUGAUGCCCCCCAGAAUGCUAAGAAAGCCCGGCUUCUGCCCGAAGGGGAGGAGACGGUGGAAUCAGAUGAUGACAGAGAUGAGCGUGCAUCCAAGACGCGAAGAGUAGAACCAGGAGAAGCGGCCAAGAAAAAGAAGUAGAGGAGUGGGGCCAGAUUCGCCGGGCUGAUGUGUCCUCGGGUGGAGUGUUGGCUGUUGUGCAUUCUUAGGAGAAAGUAUUUAUGUUAAUGAACUAACAGUAUCGCCUCAAGACUUUCCACUGUAGAAUUCAUUUUCUUAUUUAAAACCUGUAUGUAUCUACAACUCUAAUGGUGACCUGUGAUUGUGAACUGACAGUACUCGGAAGCAUUCUGGCUAUCACAGAAUUGGUGGCAGGCUUUGAGAGUUUUGUCACAUGGACAUGCCAGUGCUCUUUGAACCUUUUAUAAAGGAAUAUAUUUUUAAAGUAAAUAUAUUGUAAUGUACUGUGAACUUGUGGGUGCUUUUCAUUAGUGUCUGUACAGUGUAAAUAGCUGAUCAUGGAAAUAAAAUAACACGUCAACAUUGCUA